GCGCUCACCCCCUGCCGCCUACGACAGCCACCGGCAAAGUUAAUUGGGCCGAUGACCUCGAUGACCUCCCCAUCGCACCACGCGGGGAAGGUGCACCUCGCCGUGGAGGAGACUACCUGUCCACAGUCCCUGAUAGGGCGGAUCGUGACCGCAUGAUGGGUGCCGAUCGCGGCCCCCCUCGCGAGGAGCUACCUCUCCCUACCAAGGCACCAUUCACUGCUUUUGUUGGCAAUUUGAGCUUCGAUGUUACCGAAGGCGAGAUUGAGAGCUUCUUUGCUCCAUCGCAGCUCAAAGGAGUCCGCAUCAUUGAGCGCGACGGUCGUCCCAAGGGCUUUGCGUACGUCGAAUUUGACACGCUGGAUGGUCUCAAAGAAGGUCUUGCGCGCAGCGGGUCGCAGAUGGCAAAUCGCACGGUGCGCGUGAGCGUAGCCGAUGCACCCAAAGGAGGUGCCGGAGGAUUUGGUGGUGGUCUUUCGAGCGUUGCGGAAGAAGCUUCGCAGUGGCGCAGAGCUGGGCCUCUACCUUCAGGCGGGGAUGCGCCCCCCUCGGGAUUCGCACGGAGAGGGUCAGACAGGCCGGGUUUCGGUCGCCAAGAAGCCGAUGGCCCCAGUGGAUUCGACAACAUGGAGGUCGGAGCUGGCGGGCGCAGCGGCUUCGGUAGUCGUUUCACAGCCUCUCCUGCUGGACGCGAACGCGAUGGUCCUGGUGGUCGUUUCGCGUCGCAGGGCACGGCUGCACAACCCCCAGCUGAACCAAGUGCGGGUGAUGGCGCGACAAAUUGGCGUACUGGCAAGCCGCACGAAUCUUUGCAGCCACCCUCUCAGCCUGGAUCACGUCGGCCGAGCGCCGGACCUGCAGGCAACGAACGCAGCCCUUCAUCAUUCAACCACCGCGGAGAUGCGACGCAGGUCGAUGAGCGUUUUGCCAGUCAGGAGCGCAUGGGUUUUGGCAGCAAGAUGCUUUCAACUCCCCCAGACAGUCCUUCCGCCAGUGCAAACGGGCCACGAAGGCAAUUCGGAGCAGAUCGUAGAUUGAGCAAUGCACCUGGCCCCAGCGCAGCUUCUCCGUCAGCCGGAGAUGACGCUGAGACUUGGAGAAGCAGUCGCCGGCCGAGCGCCCCAGCUCGCGGCACUAGUCAAGGCGGAGAUCGAUAUGCCAGUCCUGGCGGCGCUGCUGCCCCGCCAGCGGAGCGUAAGAAGCUCGAACUCAAGCCACGAAGCACACCAGUCUCCGACAACGCGAGCGCACCUGCACCGGCCACACCAAGCACUCCAGGCGCUGAAGGAGCUGCAGCUAGCCGUGCAAACCCAUUCGGAUCCGCCAAGCCGGUCGACGCUGCAGAGCGUGAUCGCUUGAUUGAAGAGAAAAUCGCGGCGAGGGAGAAGGAGAGGAAAGAGAAGGAAAAGGAGAGAAAGGACAAGGAACGCGCAGAUCGAGAGGCUGCGCAAGCGGCCGCGCCUAAAGGCCCACGAGCGGACGGUUCAGCCAAAGGCACAAGCGGAGGUGCAAGUGGCAAUGCUUGGAGGAGAGAUGGAUCAGCAAAGCCUGUUUCUAAUGGCUCGCUCAAAGUCGAGGCAGCAGACACCCCUCGAGUCGAGUCUGCAUCUCAGUCGCAAGCUGAAUCUGUGGAGACGGAUGCGAAUCAGUCUCCCGCGCCGCGAGCUCCUGCACCUACCGGAGCCUGGGGUGGAGGUCGCAAGCCUAGCGGCGCUCUGGGUGCAGGCACUGCUGAAGCUCAAGUCGAAUCUGUCGACUCUUCUGCAAAUGGUAAUGCGACUCAGAAGGACAACCCUGUCGACGCUGCUACUGCUGGUGUAGCAAGUAUCAGCACCGCCUAGACACCUUUGAGUUUCAAGCGUGAGGCUCUCGGCUCAUCACAAAGAGCUGCCAGGCUUAUCACGCUCGACCUCCACUAUCACCAAAAGAACGAUCGCUUGCAUCACCGCCCAGGUC